AUGUUCAAACGAGUCGAAAAGAAGCGCAAAAAGCUGGAGGAAGAGGAAGAACUAGGAAUUGAUGAAGAUAUGAAAGAGUUCAUGGGAUUCAACGACACCGAUUCGGAUGAAUCUGCGUCAGACUCGGACUCUGACUCUGACGAGCACUCGGACGCAGACCAAUUGCAAUCAGGCGAAGAGGACCUGGAGGAGGAAGCUGGAGACGAAAUGGAGGAUGUCGAUGCCAGCGAUGAUGAAGAACCGCCCAUCUUGCUAUCAGAAGCAUUGCGGGACCCUAUUUAUGUCGUAUCGCUCGACCCAGAUGUCCGAGCUUGUAUAUCAUGCAAGGGCAAGGUCAUCAAGGGCACUCAAAUGUCGACAGUCCACAAAGCAUCUAUUGCUCAUACACGACGUUUCGAGCGCUUCAAGACCUCAGCAGCGAAAUGUGACCCGCAGAGCGACGCCUGGCAAAUUGCAAGGGCAGUACAAAAUGAGGCGUCAAAUUCUGCUGGCACUCAGAAUCGUCCUGAUGCCGGUCUGUCGAAGCGUGCCCUUAAAAGAUCAGCGAAGCAAGCCUCGAUCAAAGAGAAGCGAACGCUCCACAAUAAGCUUCGUACCAAGGCAAUAGCAAAAAAGGUUGCCAACAGAGGCCCACCAUCCCAGGAUGCAGCAGAGAAGGAGUUACCGGCAAGCAAGACGCUUGAGCCAAAGUCGCAAAAAGCUGGAGCGGCGAGCAGCGACAAAAAAUUGGUGAAGAAAGGGGAGCGGAAGGCCGAUGACAAAGUUCACGACGUAGAAAAAUCUGACGUAUCGCUCGGUGACAAAAGGACGGUGAAGAAAGGAGACCGGAAGCCUCCUGGUUCUAAACUUCAAAACGUAGAAAAAUUGGACGCAUCACCUCCAAAGCCACUGGAGCCUCAAAAGAAAAAGCGCAAGGUGCAAAAGGAUCAAGUCGCAACCCCCGCUGCUCUACCACAAUCUCCAAAACGGUCGCAGGAGAAACCUCUCAGAAAACCGAAGGCACCUCGUGAAAAAGAACGGACAAGAGCUAAGGCUACUUGA